CACACCCACUGGUAACUCGCACCCGCCUCCCGGCUGCGCUCCGGUCUUCUCCUGCGCCCACAGGAUGGCACUUGGCAUCCGAGGGGGCUUGGGUAACGGUCGAGCACGGAGCUGCGGAAGGAGAAGUCGCGGGAUGCGGCGCGCAGCCGGCGCAGCCAGGAGACGGAGGUGCUGUACCAGCUGGCGCACACGCUACCCUUCGCGCGCGGCGUCAGCGCGCAUCUGGACAAGGCCUCCAUCAUGCGCCUCACCAUCAGCUACCUGCGCAUGCACCGCCUCUGUGCUGCAGGGGAGUGGAACCAGGUGGGAACAGGGGGAGAGCCACUGGACGCCUGCUACCUGAAGGCCCUUGAGGGGUUCGUCAUGGUGCUCACCGCCGAAGGAGACAUGGUUUACCUGUCGGAAAAUGUCAGCAAGCACCUGGGCCUCAGUCAGCUGGAGCUCAUCGGACACAGCAUCUUUGAUUUUGUCCAUCCCUGUGACCAAGAGGAACUCCAGGAUGCCCUGACCCUCAGGCCAAGCCUGUCCAAGAAGAAGCUGGAAGCCCGCACCGAGCGCCACUUUUCCUUGCGUAUGAAGAGCACACUUACCAGCAGGGGGCGCACGCUCAACCUCAAAGCCGCCACUUGGAAGGUGCUGCACUGCUCAGGACAUAUGAGGGCCUACAAGCCCCCUGCACAGACUUCCCCCAGCGGGAGCCCUCGCUCCGAGCCUCCCCUGCAAUGCCUGGUGCUCAUCUGUGAAGCCAUCCCCCAUCCAGCCAGUCUGGAGCCCCCUCUGGGGCGAGGGACCUUUCUCAGCCGCCACAGCCUGGACAUGAAGUUCACCUACUGCGACGAGAGGAUCGCAGAAGUCGCUGGCUACAGCCCAGAUGACCUGAUUGGCUGCUCUGCCUAUGAAUACAUCCACGCCUUGGACUCUGAUGCAGUCAGCAGAAGCAUUCACACUUUGCUGAGCAAGGGCCAGGCAGUUACAGGGCAAUAUCGCUUCCUGGCCCGGACCGGAGGCUACCUGUGGACUCAGACUCAGGCUACGGUGGUGUCAGGGGGACGCGGCCCCCAAUCAGAAAGCAUCAUCUGCGUCCACUUCCUGAUCAGCCGGGUAGAAGAGACCGGAGUGGUGCUGUCCCUGGAACAAACAGAGCAACAUUCUCGCAGACUCCCUCAACGGGGUACCUCCUCGAAGAAGGGUAUCCCUGGCAACAGUCUAGACCCACCUCCUCCCCGGAUCCUGGCCUUCCUGCACCCUCCGGCCCUGAGUGAGGCCUCCCUGGCUGCUGAUCCUCGCCGUUUCUGCAGCCCAGACCUGCGCCGCCUCAUGGCACCCAUCCUGGAUGGGCCUCCCAUAGGCGUCACCCCCAGCACCCCACAGGCUACCCAGAGACCCCAAAGUCCUCUUCCGGCUGAUCUCCCAGAUCAGUUUCUAGAGGGCUUAGAGAAUGCUUACAGACUCUCAGCUGCCCGGAAAAGCAAGACUGUGGAGACAAAUCUAGAUAAAGCUCAGGACCCUGACACUCUGGACUUGGAGAUGCUGGCCCCCUACAUCUCCAUGGAUGAUGACUUCCAGCUCAACUCCAGCGAGCAAUUGCCCAGAACCCACCGCAGACCUCCCAGGGUGACCCGCAGACCCCGGGCUCGGAGCUUCCAUGGCCUGUCGCCCCCGCCCCCGAGCCCUGAGCCCUCCCUGCUGCCCCGCUGGGGGAGUGAUCCGAGACUGAACUGCUCCAGCCCCUCCACGGGGGAUCCCUCCACAGCCUCCCUGGUGCCCGGAACUAGGAAGAGGGCGCUGGCCCAGAGCUCCGAGGACAAAGGGGCGGAGCUGCUGGAAAUAAAACCUGCCAAGCGGUCCCCCAGCCUAGAACCUGGAAGCUUCCGGCUGCCUCCCCUCAGCCUGAGUUUCCUUCUGCAAGGUCGACAGUUCCCAGGGAACCAGCAGGAUCCAAGAACCCCACUUCUGGUUUCCCACGAGCCCUUGGGCCUAGCUCCCUCGCUGCUCUCUCUCUACCAGCAUGAGGAAACUAUCCAGUCCCGGAACCACGUCUCACCAGCAGUGGGCUUGGCCCAGGUCCACUGAGUCAGCCCUCACCCCAACUCCCUUCUUCUACCCCAGAAAGGACUCAUCCACACUCCACACCAUCAACCCACACCCAGGACAGAGCCUCUCUCCUCUGAGUGCCCCUCACCAAGCCUCCGGCCAGCGUCAGACCUACCUCAGUCCCCAGCCCUCUGCCUUCACCCAUUCAGGGGCUUCCUGGAGUGUUUGCAGCUCAGUGACCUCUGGGAGGGGGCGUGUGACCCCUCCACGUCCUCAGGACUUCCCUUGGAGUUCUCCAUAGUUGGUUACCUCACUAUCCCUUUCUCUGACUGUCUUUGCUUUAUUUGAGGGGGUUGAGGGGUUGAGAGAGUCUGGGAUCUGUCUCUGAUCCUGGCUCCAUGGAGUUCGGACGGCCAUAAUCACAUUUUGUUUUGUUUUUAUGUUUUGUUUUGUUGUGCUUUCCAUCACUCUACCAUUAGCUUUACUUUGUCCUUCUCGCGAUGACACAUUCAGGCACCCUGCGCUGCACAGGGUCCACAACAAUGCGGGACUCUGAUCUUCCUCCUCCUCGGUGACAGAGGGGGAUCAGGAUCCCCUCACCCGCGGCGACUUGUGGAGUCUCAGCCUCCUGAGCUGCCACCCAGCUCUGCCUUCCCUUUCUGCUCCUGACUUCCUGCCCGGCACCAACCUGGCCUGAAUCAUGACUUCAUUUGUGAUCUGUUUUAAGGCGUACCCAGCAACUUCCUCCACUCUGCAGACCCAUAAUAUCUGACCCUAGAUUUAGAAUACUUGACUCCUACCUUCAUUGUUUGUAGACUGUGCAACAUCUGGCCUUCCCUGGUCUUAGGCUAUCCCACUUUCCAUCUUCCCUGGUUCUACACAGCAAGAACCAGGGCCUCCCUUGUAUCUAGACCGUGCAGCCCCUGGUCUUUGUUGGUUCUAGGUUGUAUGUCCUCGGGCCUUCCCUGGGCACAGGCCUGUGCCCUCUCUGGUUCUAGAGUUUCUACUCCCUGGUUCUGAAGUGUUCAAUCCAUGGUUUCUCCCUACCUUCAUUGUUUGUAGACUGUGCAACAUCUGGCCUGUGCCCUCUCUGGUUCUAGAGUUUCUACUCUCUGGUUCUAAAGUGUUCAAUCCAUGGUUUCUCCCUAGCUUUUGGACUCAGCACCCUCAUCUGUUUCUAGACUGAGAGCUGUGGGCUUCCUUGACUCUAGACUGUGCCACCAUUAGUCUCCUCUGGUUCUAGACCCAUGACCUUUGGCCUUCACUUGUUAUAGACACUGUGGCCCCUGGCCUCCAUGGUUCUAAGCUGUGUUAUUUCUGCCUUCUUCAGUUUAGACUAGGCAACCUCUGAUCUUCUCUCUCGUCUGUACGUUCUCUGGUGUUUUGCCUGAUUCUAGACAGCACACCUUAUGACCCUGCUGUGGUUCUAGACCAUGCCAUUUUUCCGGCCUUGUCUAUGAUUCUAGACUGUGGGCCCUCUGCUCUUCUGUGGUUCCAGAGGAAUGGUUCUCAACCUUCCUAAUGUUGCAGCUCUUGACUACAGCUCCUUGUGUUGUGGUAAUCCCCGACCAUAAAAUUGUUUUAUUGCUACUUCCUAACUGUAAUUUUGCAACUGUUAUGAGUCAUAAUGUAAUUAUCUGCUAUGCAGGAUAUCUAAUAUGCAACCCCCAAAGGAGUUGAAACCCACAGAUUGAGAACUGUUAUUCUAGAUUAUACAGCCUGUGACCAUCUUUGAUUCUAGGCAAUGAUGCCUCUAGUCUUCAUUGGUUCCAAACUAUAUGACCACUAACCUUCUCUGGCAUUCCCUGGUUCUAGACUGUGCUGUCACUAACUUCCCCUUGUCUCUAGACUGCAUCACCUCCAAUGUGGUCUGCUACAGACCUCAGUUUCUUCAAACCCUUCUAAUUCCAGAUCUCACAGUCUUCAGUUCUUUCUUUAACUGGCUCUCACAGUUCCUGGUUCUGUCUGUUUUCAAACCUCAGUGUUUUAAAGUGUGGUUUGAAUUACCUAAUCUCUGUAAGGCUCUCUGAGGCUAGAGCCUAUAACUACUAGAAUCCUCUUGAUACCAAAUUCAUUCUCUGAUUUCCUCUGGUUCUACCUCUUUUUAAAAAUCCCUCUAGUUCCCAUGCCCUCUGCUCCCCGUCAUUGCAGACCAUUUGCAUGCAUGGUGUUGAGAAUUAAAACCAGGACUUUGCACCUCCUAAGCAAACACUCUACCACUGAGCUAUAACCUUGGUCCUUUUUUUAUCUCUUAUUUUGAUACAGGAUCUUGAUCAAUUGCUCAGACUAACCUUGAACUCACUCUGUAAACCUAUGCAGGCUUUGAACUCAUGAUCCUCCUGCCUCCACCUCCCAAGUAGUUGGGACUUUCAGGCCUUUGAGACAGAGGCCAGUUGAUCUUUUAACUGACGAUUCCAUCUUGUUUCUGGAUUCCACAACUCCAAGCUUCCUGUUGGCUCCAAUCUUUUGAUUUGUAAGAUAUUUGGUUUCAAGUCAAGAUCUCAUUUUUAAUCGCUUUGGUCCCAGACCUCACAAUGUCUUAUUUCUCUUCAUGUUUCUGCACUCAAGAAUUCAAGAAUUGCUUUCCCCCAGUAAGGAAGGGCGAAGUGAGUCUUAUGUCUUGAACUUGCAGCCAACUCUUCUUGAAUCAGACACCAUGUGCCCAUUCUCUUGGGUUCUCGAUUUCACCACCUCCAUCGUCCCCAGGUUUUGAACUAUGCAAACUCUAGACCUUGAAACUUCCGGGAUUCUCUGUUCUCAGAUGACCUGGUGAUCUGCCUAUUAGUAAGCUUCAAAUAUCAAGCUAGGGGUUGGUGAUGCACACCUUAAUACCAGCACUUGGGAGGUAGAGGCAGGUAGAUCUCUGUGAGUUGAGUCCAGCCUGAUCUAUAGAGAAAGCUCCAGAAUAGCUAGGGCUAUGCAGACAAAUCCUGUCUUAAAAAAACAAAACAAAACAAAAAACUCCUGCGUUUUGAUACUGUUUUGAAACAGUGUCUCAAAAGGCACUGACCACUACUAAAUUGCCAUGUAAUCAAGGAAUACCUUGGACUUGUGAUACCCCUUCACCCACCUCCCGAGUGCUGGGAUUACCUGCAUGUCUGGUUUUAUGUGGUGAUGGGUAUUGAACCCAGAGCCUCAUGCAUGCUAGGCUGGUACUCUACCAACUGAGCUACACUCAGCCUCUGUAAAUGUCUUCUAAAUCUAGACCUUGCCCCAUGAGUUCUUUUGGUUCUAGACCCCACAAUUGUCAAGUCCUCCUUACUUCAGCUCUUAUGACUGAAAUUACCCUGAAUCUAGAACACAUCUUGAAAAUAGCAGCUGAUAAUGUCUUGCCUUAUAGAUUUCUCUAGUACUAAACCUUAGAACCCCAACUCUUUCCUAUUUUAGAUUGUAAGAUCCAAAAAAUCCCUGUGGAUUCUAGAAUUUAGUUUGGGGGCUUUUUUUCCCCUCCCAGAGAGGAGGCAGGAUUUCAUGUAGCUCAGGGUGGCCUUGAACUUCUGAUCCUCUGCCCUCCACCUCAAAUGUUGGGAUUAAAAGAGUGCACCAUUGCAAUCACUUUAUGUGCUGACAGGGGUGAAACCCAGCUUUGUGAGACACACGCUCCGUCAUAGACCUUUUCUAAUGUGCCACCACUCAUGAAUCACUGGGGUCUGGGCCUCUGACUUCUGAUCCUAUUUCUUCAGGUUCUAAGAAUGCAGCCUCCCAGUGGGCUUGUAGAAUGUUUCUUGUUAUAGAAUCUAGAACUCACUCUGUAGGUUCCCCACAUGCCUUGAUUCUUUAGGUCCAGAUCUAAUCCUUCUAGCUCUGCUCUGGGCUUCCCAGCCCUCAGUUCUUCCCUGACCUCUCAAGGCUUCCCAGGCCAGAUCCUCUGCUCAUGAACUUCAUCUCCAAGCCCCUCCCGUCUUGUAGCCCUAAAAUUUCUCUAUCCUAGAACCUCUUUCACUCCUCACCCCGAGCCUCCAGGCAUGCCCUUAACCUUAACUUUACUCCAGGUAUCUAGGGACCUGGGGCUCCCUCCCCUCCCUUGGGGUUCCAUCAUCCAGCCACUCAGGCACACGCACAGCCCUAUCUGCAUAUCUUGGGGUGGGGAAAGAGGGCAGGACCCCUCAGCUGUCUCCCACCAGCUACGCACCCUCCUGACCCCAGCUCCCUUUCUACAAUGGUGCUACUCUUGGUCUUCCACAGGAAAAGGCUCCCCUCUCUGUCCCAUUCAUGAUUCUAUGGAAGGCACCACUCAAUCUGUCUCUUGUCAAGACAGAGGUGGCCUGUCCAGGUGCUACAGGGAAAAGGGUGUGAGCCUCCUCUCCCCUCAUGGGUUUUGUGGGCCCUCAAUGGAAGGAACUGUCCUGACUAGGAGAGAGGAAGGACAUGCCCCAGCCAUGCUGGCUCAGAAACCCAAAAAUGUCUCCCAAGCCACCAUAAAGACCUCGCCUUGGCAGGCACCAGA